CCCAACAGGGACGAUCUGCAGUGCAUUGCCGACAUGGGCCGAUGGAUGAACGACCUCAAGUCGGGCCGCCUUUGGUCCAUGAAAAUGAUCGAUUCCUGGGGCUCUUUACCUUCGGGCAUACUCUAUUUCAAUUUUCUGGACAUGGGCAACUAUGGAGAAUGCAUCAAGGUCAACAAGGAAGUGAGCAGUGGUCCUUCGAUCAAGGGCAAAUAUUGCUUUGCCGAGAUACCCAUUCUAAAGAUGCUUGGAAUUCCUGUCAACAGGAACCUAAAGAUUGGCAUUUGCUUUCCGUCCAGCUGUUCGGCGGCGCAGAUGGGCGUAUUUCUCGGUAAGGUCAUUCAGCAAGUGAUUGGAUUGACUAGCCCAAUAAGCUUGGUGAACGAAAAAAGUUGUCGCACCAAUGAACGGGAACCAUUGAAUGGCAUUGCUAUCUUGACUAUUGUUCUCCUAUCCAUAUUUGCUGCCUUGGCCCUGCUGGCCACCUUAUAUGAUUAUUUCCUAGUGUCGGAUCAAGUGGGUCAAAGGCCCUUUUCCCAGAUCAUAGUACAUGCCGAAUUCGCUGUGGACACCUUCUUCCUCUUGAGUGGCAUGCUCGUGGUUAUGGUUACACUGCGUGCUAUGGAGAGAUCGAAGGGCAAACUGAAUAUCCCCCUGAUGUAUCUGCAUCGCUAUCUACGUCUCACUCCACUGCUAGCUAUGACCAUAUUGGUCUAUAUGAAACUGUUGCCUCUCAUGGUAGAUGGUCCUUUGGACAAUGAUGGCUAUGAUGACGCCGUCAAGCGCAUUGGUUCUGGACGCUGCUCUACUUACAAAACUAUGCCACCGAGGAAAUUUGCUUGUGAGGCAGCUGGUAUCUGA